AUGAAGGAGAUAUAUUCGUCAUCUCUUGGUACUAUCAUCUGGCUAGGACCUAGUGUUCCCGAUAUCGAUAAACUUUCUACCCUGGUGGAUGUGAUGUCCCGUUUGCACAAAGCAGACAUAAAUCCCACUGGGACUAGGAAGCGCAGUCGAUACACAAAGGAAGAAUUCCUUGGCCUUGGACUCCCACAGGCUCAAGACCGUGCAUGGUCUGCCUUUGCCGAGAUCCUAUGCCGACCCUGGUUCAUCAGAUCAUGGGUCAUACAGGAAACAGCUCUCUCGAAAGUCUCGCCUCGAAUGGUCUGUGGACUCGAGUCUAUUUCUUGGGAGAAAUUCGUACCUGCAGCGCUAUGGUUAUUAUCGAUGUGCUAUCAUAUCAGCCCUCUAUACAACAUAUCAGCAACUCUGCCAGCGCUUCGAUCCUUGAAGCUGUUUUAUGAGCUAGAACAGCUGAAAUUGCCGUGGGAUCUCACUACCCUACUCAACAAAGCCAUCCGAUUUGAAGCAUCAGAUCCACGAGACAAAGUAUCCUCUCUUCUCGCGUUGAGUGACGAAGUGGACGCUCAAGGGCGGUUACCACUACUGCUCCAGGCAAACUAUGAUAGGCCGACAAAGCAAGUCUUUCGCGAUGUGACGCGGCACACGAUCCAGUCAACCGGCAGCCUAGCCAUACUUUCCCUUAUUCGCUACAUUCCUGACUGGAGUCGGUAUUGUUCCUGGGCGGUUGAUCUCACAGCAACAAUUAGAUGGGACAGAAUAUCCUAUUUCAACUGGGACCAACAUGAUCAUAACAGACGACGCCUAAUCGAAACACUGAACAAUUCUUUCGGUGGCCAUUCAGCGGUCAUUAUUGACCAUUUACCUGAUCAUAUUCUAGGUCUCGAAGGACUAGAGAUCGACACCAUCGAUACCACGUUUGAAGUUAUGUCAAAAUCAGAGCUUGCUUCAUAUGAUCCACAGAUUUGGACAAUAUGGGAAGAAGCCUACGAUCAUCUCGAACCUCGACAUCGCACAGCUGAAGCAAUUGCACGAGCAUUCAUGGUUACUUUGACGGGUAACUGGAACCUCAAUGAUGGUGAGAGUAUGAGUGAUCAGCCAUUGAGUCAUUUUUGGGAAUAUAUGUGGCGAGUGAACCAAAGACAUCGCCGUGAUACAGGUUUCGGAGAUGCAGUUGAUGCUGAACGCGGGAGCACGAAAUACCUGGUCCAGCCAGACCCGAGUAAUAAGCAUCGUGUUGACAUGUUUGGCCUUCAUCUCGACGCAGCCCAUGAGAGAAGGAUAUUCUUCACAAAAGACUUCUCUUACAUCGGUCUUGGGCCAAGAAUUAUGGAGAAGGAUGAUAUCAUCUGCGUUUUGUUUUGGGGAGCUACGCCGUUUGUUCUGCGACGGUAUGGAGAGUAUUAUCGAUUUAUUGGCGAAUGCUAUGUGUAUGACUUGAUGAAUGGUGAAGCAAUGGAUGGCUUGAAUACCAAGUUUUUUGUCAAGUCAUUUCAUCUGAUAUGA